CCGGUGCCUAAUCGCCGUGAAUGGAUUGGAUGUUUGCCCAGACUUCCCGUUGUGUUGCGGAUUGUUGUGUGACAUAUCAGGACUCUACGCUUCCCGGUGUCAACGUAGGAAUAGUAUUUGAGAUGUUUGCACUGUCAUGGAACAAAGCUGUUGCCUUCAGGCACACCGUUCGAUGUGUUCAAGCACAGCCACGGCUAGCUGACCGCGCUUUUUCGUUUAAGCCUUGGCGGUCCGGGCGAUGUCUUUAAUCUUUCUUUCCUCUCACAACUUCCUUUCCUCUCACAACUUCCUUUCCUCUCAUUUCUUCCCACUCACGACUUUCUUUCCCCUCACACCUUCCACAGACUUGACAUCUUCCAUCGUUGAGAUGUUGGGCGAAAUUCCUGGAUCUUGGCCCGAUGACUUUUCUUCGGACCUUCUGCAGAUGCUGCAGAACGUGUUCGAUCAAAACUCUGGCGAUGUGCAGCGUCAGCCCACUCGCCAUGGCACUCCCUCUCUUGAGAACCAAACCCAGCUCUCGCCCACCGACGACCAAGAGUCUCCUGACGUUGGGAUGAUCUCUCACCUCAACCACUCUGUUGCUUUGGACCACCCACUCUCACACAACGACGGUGAGGCGGGUACUGAACUGGCGCGAACCACGACAAUCAACGACAAUUCAGUGUCCAUCGCCACCCACAUGGUGGCCGACAACCACGUCACGACGUCCAACAGCAGCGACUCGGCCGUUGAAAACAUAUCAACCACCGACGGCCACCGCACGUCCGCGACUACAACCUCGUCCAAGACAUCGACCAGCGCGGCCUGGCCAUGGCGGGUCAUCCGCCUGCCCAUCGUCUUGUUUGUGUUCCAGCUCAACGCCGGCGCCUCGGUACCCCAAGCGUGGCUCAACGCGACCUUGCUGUUCCUUAAAAGCCUUUCUUGGGUUUUCAUGGCCACUUUGAAGUUCGCUUUCGGCGUUUCUACUCGCCUAGACACGCCCGUGCCGCCAACUACCGUCUCGGCCGCGUUUGGCCUCCCGCAAGAACCGCCCAAGCUCAUGAUGAUCGCCAACACCGUCGCCUUGAGCAUCGGCAACAUCGUUGCCUUUAACCCCAACGCGGCACGCCUGGCCAAACCGCCGGACAGCAACCUGGUCGGCCCGGUCCAGGACCUGGAGCUUUUCAUGCAGGAGUCUCUGUUCGAGGCCAUCGAAGACGAUCACUUCACACUGAAGGCGCUGCUCCGUGAGCAACGAUCUAUGAGUGCCUCUGCGCCGGUGUCUUGGGCCAUGAGGCUUCGGGGCAGAACCCACCACACCGCUGCCCUCGUGCGCCUCGAGCGUCUUGCUUCCACGUUCAAAACAAUACAGGGCAAGCGUGAGGACCUCUGGAGCCUCCUUUCGGUAGGAAGCUAUAAUGCGGACGAGGUUUAUGAGCCACUCAACAAGGCU